ACUAUUUGUACCCUCCCUCCACACCCCGGCAAGCUUUCACAGAGAGAGAGAGAGAGAGAGGAGAGACAGAGAGGGGGACGACGAGAAUGGAGUACUCGAGGGACGAGCAUGGUCAACCGAUCCCGAUGACGGACACGUACGGCAACCCGAUCCAGACGGACGAGUACGGCAACCCGAUGCCGGCGACCCAAGGAUACGGGGUCGGCGCGGGCGUCGCCGGCAAGGAGCAGCACCAUGGGGGCGGGGGCAUAACCGGCAUGCUCCACCGCUCGGGCAGCUCCAGCUCUAGCUCGUCGGAGGACGAUGGGCAAGGUGGGCGGAGGAAGAAGAAGGGGUUGAAGCAGAAGAUAAAGGAGAAGCUGCCGGGUGGGCACAAGGAGCAUGAGAGCAGCGUCGAGAAGCAGCACGAGAAGAAGGGAUUCGUGGAGAAGGUAAAGGAGAAGAUGCCCGGCCACCACAAGGAGUAGAUUAGCGUACUCUACGUAUGUAUGGUUGUGUAUUUUGUUGUGUUUGUGUUUAACACUCUGCACUCUGCAAGAGAAUAAAUGGGCGGAUGCUUUCCUGUGGCAUAAAAA